CUUGCAUACGUGACCCGGGGACGAGCCUGGAGAGGGCGAUUGCGAGCUGCUCUGCGCUAUUACCAUAUGAAGUUUGUUGCCAUUUGCAGCUACAUCAAGUAACUGCCCUUUAUUUUAUUCUGCGCAGCAAAAGUGUCACCGUGAUCACGUCAACUGACAUUUUCUUGUCAGCAUUCAGUACUCUCAAGAUGACUCCUGCUAUUGAUGAAGGACAUAGCGGACGACGAGGAAUGCUGAUGCAGGUCAUCACAACUAUUUCGCUUUCGAUGACCCACUUCAACUUGGGGGCAUCAUUGGCGUUCGGUGGCGUCUUCACAGAGCAGCUGAUCUCCGAGGACGCCGGAAAGGACGCCGACCUGACCCUGACCCCGUCACAGAUCUCGUGGAUCGCGUCCGUGUUCAACAUUGGCACCAUGGCAGGCUUCAUUACGUCCAGCUACGUCAACCCAGCACUGGGCACGAUUCGCUCGCUGCAGUUUUGUUCGCCGCUGGUGGCUGCCGGCUGGAUGCUGACGGCGUUCGGCGGAAGCUUCUGGGUCAUCCUGGCUGGCCGGGUGCUGGUCGGCGGGUCUCUUGGCGUCUGCCUUGGACCCAUGGUCACCCACGUCGGCGAGAUCUCGUCAGCGAACGUGCGCGGCUACUUGACCACCUCCCUCAUCGUGAGCAACUGCUUCGGCACCACGUGCACCUACCUUUUUGCGUGGCUGCUGGGCUGGCGACACUUAUGUCUGGUUAUCGGCAUUGGGCCAAUGGCACUACAGUUCCUGACGUCACUGAUGCUUCCGCGUUCGGCCAGGUGGCUCAUCGCCAAGGGACAUCCGCUGGAGGAGGCGGAGCGAUCGCUGCGCUUCUACCAUGGCCAUGACUAUGACGUCGACAAGGAGAUUGAGGAGAUCAAGCAGUCACUAGGCGAUAACCACAAGCAGGACGCAACACUGCUGCAGGUGCUGUGUCUUCUCAAGCACCGGCACAACCUCAUACCGUUCUCCCUGAUCCUCGCCCUAAACGUGUGCUUCGUGUUCUCCGGUGGCCUGACAGCAACCUCCUUCGCGCCGGUUGUCUUCAAAGACGUGGGCGGCUUCAUGAACCCGUACCUUAGCUCUACGCUGCUGGGGGUCGUCCGAACAAUCACCGUCGUCUUCUGCAGCAUCGUCAUAGAGCGGGUGGAGCGGAAGACGCUACUAAUGAUAAAUGGCGUAGUCGGAGCGGCAGCCUGCCUCGUUUGCGGCUGCUACUUUUACUACAGCGAGCAGCUGGCCGACUACAGCUGGAUCGCACUGGUCUCCAUCCUCGUCAUCGUCUGCUCUAUGUCCGGCGGCAUCAGUCCCGUGUUGACCGUCUUGUUCUCAGAGGUGCUGCCCAACGCCAUCCGCGCCGAACUGGGCGGUGUGAGUUUACUCUUUUUCGGCGCCGCCAACUUCGUCAUGAUGUACUCGUUCCCAUUGGCCGUCUCCAGCCUGGGUAUGUACGGAGUGUUCUGGUUUUUCACCGCGAUGCACGUGUUCAUGUUUAUCUUUGCGACGUUUUGCGUGCCGGACACGAAAGGCAAAUCCAUAGAGGAGAUACAAUGCAUGUUUAUGAAAAAUAUCAACACUGCAAGUGGACCAUUGCACGUUGAACAUGGCUUGCCUGUCUUGGAAACUUGAAAGGAUUCUCGAAUGUGGUACUCUCGUGCAUGUUUGC